UUCUGGUAUCUUUAUCAGAUCAACAGGACAUCGAGUUCAGGUUUUUUCGGCUAACGGUUGCUGUGAUACGGUACCUUAGUGUUUCAUAAUGCGCGACCCGGGUUUGUUCCUGAAGGAGUUCGGAAUAGCAGCUGCUAUUGGGGCAACACUAUUGAUCGGCAUCUCGUGGUGGUUUCUAGGAAGGAAGACGAAACGUACCUUCCCUUUGCCUUCGAAGUGGCGCCCCGUUGGAACUGUAUCAAGCCUUAGAGUUUAUCCCGUCAAAUCCUGCAAAGGAGUAGAAGCACAAAAACUCCUAGUCGGUCCUGCAGCUCUAAGCAAAGAUCUGAAUGUUGACAGGCAGUUUAUGAUCGUCGAUGAAGCUGGUCAACUUGUCUCAGCCAGAACUCAUCCGAAGUCCGUUUUGAUAAAUGCUGAAAUAAUCGAAGAGGGACUCCUGCGUCUUACUGCACCAGAUAUGCCACCGUUAGAGCUGAAUUUCCCAUCGAAUGCUUCCAAUACGCCUGAAUGUCGAGGAAUUGAGAUGGACUGCGUAAUCCACGGUCGCCCUGUGAAGGCGAUGGACAUGGGCAACGCAGUAUCUCAAUGGCUCACAGAAUUUCUUGUUUUUCGCACUGAUCGACCUGCCGAGUUGCGCUUGGAAGUUAGAUUGGUUUUUCACCAUUUGCCUGCCGGACAGCGUCGAAAUUUGGCGAGAGCACUUUUGCAUCUUCCAUUUGCUUCAGAAGAUGAUAAGUCAAUGUUCCACGAUGAAAUCGGUGCGGCACAUAUCAUCAGUGACGCAUCUUUGGAAGAUUUGAACGAUCAUUUGAAGGGCACCGGGACUUCAGUUUCAGCUUUGAACUUUCGACCUAAUAUCACCAUCUCAGGAGGCCUUCCAUAUGCCGAAGAUGACUGGCUAUUUGUGAAAAUUGGAGAAGCCGUAUUGAGGACCGUUCGUCCAUGUACAAGGUGCAUUAUGACAACAGUUGAUCCACAGAAAGGCGAGAAAAACGAAAAUAAGGAGCCAUUGGCGAGUUUGCGAAAGUAUCGCACUGUGGAAGACGAAACCAUGAACAAGUUUUUUAACUACGCUCCGAAAUUAGUUUUCCUGGGUUGUCCAGAACCGUCUUCUGUGAAUGAUUAA